AUGGCAGAAGGAGCAAAGGUGUUCAAGAAGACCAGCCCCAAUAGCAAGCUGUCCAUCUACCUGGGGAAGAGAGACUUUGUGGAUCACGUGGAGUCGGUGGACUCUGUAGAUGGCGUUUGCCUAAUUGACCCGGAGUACCUAAAGGACAGGAAAGUGUACGUGACACUGACUUGUGCGUUUCGCUACGGCCGAGAUGACCUUGACGUUAUCGGGUUGACCUUCAGGAAGGACCUCUAUGUCCUGACCACCCAGAUCUUCCCGCCGGUGCCGGACCAGACACCCAAAACCCUCACUCCUUUGCAGGAGAAGCUGCUGAAGAAGCUUGGGGAGAACGCCUACCCCUUCACCUUUGAGAUUGCCACCAACCUGCCCUGCUCGGUCACCCUCCAGCCAGGGCCAGACGAUGUGGGAAAGGCCUGCGGCGUGGACUUCGAGGUCAAAGGAUUUUGUGCUGAAAAUCUGGAGGAGAAAAUUCACAAGAGGAACUCGGUGCGCCUCAUCAUCCGCAAGAUCCAGUUUGCACCCAUGAAGACGGGGCCAGCCCCGAAGUCGGAGACCACCCGGCAGUUCAUGAUGUCCGACAAGCCCCUGCACCUCGAAGCCUCCCUGGAUAAGGAGAUCUACUACCAUGGAGAUCCCAUCAACGUGACCGUCAAUAUCAACAACACCACCAACAAGAUUGUGAAAAAAAUUAAGAUUUCAGUUGAUCAGAUCACAGACGUGGUCCUCUAUUCGCUGGAUAAAUACACGAAGACUGUGUGCACCGAGGAGAUAAACGAGAACGUGGCGGCCAACUCCACCUUCUCCAAAACGUACUCCGUCACCCCCACGCUCUCGGCCAACCGUGAGAAGCGAGGCCUCGCUCUCGAUGGCAAGCUCAAGCACGAGGACACCAACCUGGCCUCCACCACCAUCCUGAGACCCGGCAUGGACAAGGAGGUGCUGGGCAUCCUGGUGUCCUACAAAGUGAAGGUCAACCUGGUGGUGUCCCGAGGAGGCAUCCUGGGGGAUCUCACUUCCAGCGAUGUUGGGGUCGAGCUGCCUGUCAUGCUGAUGCACCCGAAGCCUGCGGACG